AUGGAGUCUGAAAUGCUGCAGUCGCCUCUUUUGGGGCUUGGGGAGGAGGAUGAGUCUGACCUGACUGACUGGAACUUGCCUCUGGCCUUUAUGAAAAAAAGGCAUUGCGAGAAGAUCGAAGGCUCCAAAUCUUUGGCUCAGAGCUGGAGGAUGAAGGACCGGAUGAAGACUGUUAGUGUUGCCUUAGUUUUGUGCCUGAAUGUCGGUGUGGACCCUCCUGAUGUGGUGAAAACAACUCCCUGUGCCCGACUGGAGUGUUGGAUCGAUCCUCUGUCAAUGGGUCCUCAAAAAGCUCUGGAAACCAUUGGUGCAAAUUUACAGAAGCAGUAUGAAAAUUGGCAGCCAAGAGCCAGGUACAAGCAGAGCCUGGACCCCACGGUGGAUGAAGUGAAGAAGCUGUGCACGUCCCUGCGUCGCAACGCCAAGGAGGAGCGAGUCCUUUUCCACUACAACGGACAUGGGGUCCCCAGGCCAACAGUAAAUGGGGAGAUCUGGGUCUUCAAUAAGAACUAUACCCAGUACAUUCCCCUCUCCAUAUAUGACCUGCAGACCUGGAUGGGCAGCCCUUCCAUUUUUGUCUACGAUUGCUCUAACGCUGGCCUUAUCGUCAAGUCCUUCAAGCAAUUUGCACUACAGAGGGAGCAAGAGUUGGAGGUAGCUGCGAUUAACCCAAACCAUCCGCUUGCUCAGAUGCCUUUGCCACCCUCCAUGAAGAACUGCAUUCAGCUGGCAGCCUGUGAAGCCAACGAGCUGCUGCCCAUGAUCCCUGAUCUGCCAGCUGACCUCUUCACGUCAUGCCUUACUACCCCCAUCAAAAUUGCUCUGAGAUGGUUCUGUAUGCAGAAGAGUGUCAGGCUGGUGCCAGGAGUCACACUGGAUUUAAUAGAGAAGAUACCUGGAAGGCUGAAUGACAGGAGAACUCCUCUGGGAGAGCUGAACUGGAUCUUCACAGCUAUCACAGACACCAUUGCUUGGAAUGUUUUGCCAAGAGAUCUUUUCCAGAAGCUCUUCAGGCAAGACCUGCUGGUGGCCAGCUUGUUCCGGAACUUCCUCUUAGCAGAAAGAAUCAUGAGGUCCUACAACUGCACCCCUGUCAGCAGCCCUCGUCUACCUCCAACCUACAUGCAUGCCAUGUGGCAAGCCUGGGACCUUGCAGUUGACAUUUGCCUUUCCCAGUUACCUACAAUUAUAGAGGAAGGAACAGCCUUUAGGCACAGCCCCUUCUUCGCAGAGCAGCUGACAGCGUUUCAGGUGUGGCUGACCAUGGGCGUGGAGAACCGCAACCCCCCGGAGCAGCUGCCCAUCGUCCUGCAGGUGCUGCUGAGCCAGGUCCAUCGGCUGCGAGCUCUUGAUUUGCUGGGAAGGUUUUUGGACCUGGGUCCCUGGGCAGUGAGCUUGGCCCUGUCUGUUGGCAUUUUCCCAUAUGUGCUGAAGCUACUUCAAAGUUCAGCUCGUGAGCUGAGACCACUGCUUGUCUUCAUCUGGGCCAAAAUCCUGGCAGUGGACAGUUCAUGCCAAGCUGACCUUGUGAAGGACAACGGUCACAAGUAUUUCCUUUCAGUUCUGGCAGAUCCUUAUAUGCCAGCUGAGCACAGGACAAUGACUGCUUUUAUCCUGGCUGUGAUUGUCAACAACUACACCACAGGGCAGGAAGCUUGCCUUCAAGGAAACCUGAUUGCUAUUUGCCUGGAGCAGUUGAAUGAUCCACAUCCUCUCCUGCGUCAGUGGGUGGCCAUUUGUUUAGGUCGCAUUUGGCAGAACUUUGACUCAGCCAGGUGGUGUGGUGUGAGAGACAGUGCUCAUGAGAAGCUCUACAGCCUCCUCUCAGAUCCAAUCCCAGAGGUUCGCUGCGCUGCAGUCUUUGCGCUGGGAACCUUUGUGGGCAACUCAGCUGAGCGGACUGACCACUCCACCACCAUUGACCACAACGUGGCCAUGAUGCUGGCCCAGCUCAUCAACGACGGCAGCCCCAUGGUCAGAAAGGAGCUGGUGGUGGCUCUAAGUCAUUUGGUGGUUCAGUACGAGAGCAAUUUCUGCACUGUCGCUUUGCAGUUCAUGGAAGAAGAGAAGAAUUACCCUCUCCCUUCUCCAGCUGCCACAGAGGGUGGGAGUUUGACACCGGUGCGAGAUGGUCCUUGUACACCCAGGCUGCGCUCCGUCAGCUCCUACGGGAACAUCCGAGCAGUUACCACAGCUAGGAACCUCAACAAGUCCUUGCAGAACCUCAGCCUGAAUGAAGAACCUGGAAGCUCUGUUGCAUUUUCUCCUGGGAAUCUCAGCACCAGCAGCAGUGCCAGCAGCACCUUGGGCAGCCCUGAGAAUGAAGAGUACAUCCUGUCCUUUGAGACUAUUGACAAGAUGAGACGAGUCAGCUCUUACUCUUCUCUGAAUUCACUAAUAGGUGUGAGUUUCAACAGUGUUUAUACCCAAAUUUGGAGAGUACUCCUGCACCUAGCUGCCGACCCCUAUCCUGAUGUCUCCGACUUGGCCAUGAAAGUUCUCAACAGUAUAGCCUACAAGGCAACAGUAAAUGCUCGUCCCCAGCGCAUCCUCGACACCUCCUCCCUGACUCAGUCUGCCCCAGCCAGCCCCACCAACAAGGGCAUGCACAUCCACCAAGUUGGAGGGUCACCUCCAACUACCAGUACAAGCAGCUCCAGCCUGACGAAUGAUGUGACAAAGCAGCCAGUCAGUCGGGACAUCACAUCUGUAAGACCUGCCAAUGUUGGCAACAUGGGGGUCCAGUAUACUCCCCACUCCCACCAGUUCCCCAGGACAAGGAAAAUGUUUGACAAAGGGCCAGAACAGACGACUGACGACGCCGACGACACCGUGGGACACAAGAGCUUCAUCUCAGCCUCGGUGCAGACAGGGUUUUGCGACUGGAGUGCAAAGUAUUUUGCUCAGCCAGUGAUGAAGAUCCCAGAAGAGCACGACUUGGAGAGCCAGAUCCGCAAGGAGAGGGAGUGGCGGUUCCUGCGCAACGCUCGUGUCAGGAAGCAAGCCCAGAAGAUCAUCCAGAAGGGUAUUUCCCGGCUGGAUGAUCAGAUCUUCCUCAACAGGAACCCAGGUGUCCCCUCUGUGGUGAAGUUCCACCCCUUCACGCCCUGCAUCGCCGUAGCUGACAAGGACAGCAUCUGUUUUUGGGACUGGGAGAAAGGGGAAAAGUUGGACUAUUUCCACAAUGGGAACCCUCGGUACACCAGGAUCACAGCAAUGGAGUACCUGAAUGGACAGGACUGCUCCUUGCUGCUGACUGCCACAGAUGAUGGUGCCAUCAGAGUGUGGAAGAACUUUGCAGACCUGGAGAAGAAUCCAGAGAUGGUAACUGCCUGGCAGGGGCUGUCAGACAUGCUGCCAACUACACGAGGAGCAGGAAUGGUGGUCGACUGGGAACAAGAAACUGGGCUCCUGAUGACAUCAGGAGAUGUGAGGAUAAUCAGGAUCUGGGACACAGACCGGGAAAUGAAAGUACAGGAUAUCCCCACUGGAGCUGACAGCUGUGUCACCAGCCUCUCGUGUGACUCCCAUCGCUCCCUCAUCGUGGCAGGGCUGGGUGAUGGCUCCAUUCGUGUCUUUGACAGGAGGAUGGCUCUGAGUGAAUGCCGGGUCAUGACCUACCGAGAGCACACAGCCUGGGUGGUGAAAGCCUACUUGCAGAAGCAUCCUGAAGGCAACAUCAUGAGUGUCAGUGUGAAUGGAGAUGUGAGGUUCUUUGACCCCCGGAUGCCAGAGUCCAUGAAGGUCCUUCAGAUAGUCAAAGGACUGACAGCCCUUGACAUUCACCCACAAGCCAACCUCUUUGCAUGUGGCUCAAUGAAUCAGUUCACUGCAAUCUACAAUGGGAACGGGGAGCUGAUCAACAAUAUCAAGUACUAUGAUGGUUUCAUGGGACAAAGAGUUGGAGCCAUCAGCUGCCUGGCUUUCCAUCCUCACUGGCCUCACCUGGCAGUCGGGAGCAACGACUACUACAUCUCGGUGUACUCAGUGGAGAAGAGGAUCAGAUAA